AGCUGUCCAAGUGCUGAAAACAGAAGAGACCAGCCCCGCUACUGAGGAGAUGCCAUACACCUUCGCUGCUGUCUGAGCUUUAUUGCCAAAAGGUAAUAAAUUGCCUAUAAUGCUGCAUUUCCACCACAAGUUGCCCGCGGGGGGAGCCGUUGUACUGCUCGCCUUCCUCCUCCAUGGAUGCGCCGUGCAGGCUGCGUCUCUCCCCCGCCACUACAGGCUCCGAGGCGGGGAGGGUGAGGGGCAGCCGGCCGCCUACCCGCCCAGCUCCGACAUGAUCAAAGCCCUGGAGUACAUUGAGAACCUGAAGCAGCGGAACGGGGGCCGACCUGAGCCUACGGAUUACGACGAAGUGGAGAAGUUCAGGGUCCUGCUUCAGCUCGCCUCGCAGCAGGACCAGAGUCCCGGGGACCGUCAGCCUGCCCCCGGCGCGCAGAGGCAAGACAUUACCGCUGAGCAGCUGAUGAAAACCCUGCUCAAGUCUAUCCAGGAUCGAGCCGGGAAAGACGUGAAGCUCAGCCCCGUGUCGGCCCCCAGGAACGACCGCCGCACGCACCGGCACCGCACCAAAGACACUGAAGUCCCCGUGAGCGCACCGGCAGACUACGGUAAUUUCCCCAGACCCCACAAGAAAUACCCGCUGAUGUUUGAGGACGAGGAGAAUACAGACGCUUCCAAGCGAGCCACAGAGGACCUGGAUGAGCAGUACACGCCCCAGAGCCUUGCCAAUUUACGCUCCAUCUUUGAGGAGCUUGGGAGGAUGCCCACAAUCGGCGGCCAGAAGAGAGACGUGUUCGGGGACGACGACGACGAGGACGGGUUCAGCCUGAGAAGUCAGGCCUACGACGAUGUGGCCGGAGGAGAGGAGUGGGUUCCCGUGGAGGAGAGGGAGGAGACGGAGGAGAUGGUCAACGGGAGCCACGAAGAGAUGGACAGAGCGCUCGGUGAGCAGGAGGAAGCGGAGAGGGAGGAGAUGCAACGCAGGAACCAGGAGGAGACUGGUGAUGACACUAAGAUGGUGGACUACUACCUGUUGAAGGUCCUGGAGAUGAGCGACCAGACGCAGAGGAGGGAUAAGACGGGAGAGCAGAGGAAGAGACUGAUCCGCCCUUCCAUCCUCGAUCCUCGGACAGUGAAGGAGUUGCUGCAGCUGUCCCUGAAGCUCCACGUCCCUCCACAGGACCUCAUCGACAUGCUGCUCACAGAGGAGCUCAGGAAGCUCCACCGCGAACCCCAAGCCUCAGCUCGCUACCCGAACGGCCAGACCCCAAAGAUACGGUACUACAGCCGCAGACUGCCGCUGAAGAGCAAGCCUGUCCCUGAGGACAUGGACAGAGAGGACUUUUUAGACAUCAUCGGCGUGGAGACGAUCAGUAACGAGUAUCCCGUAGUGCAGAGACCCGUGAAAACCUCUCCUCCCUUGGACAGAAUCCCAGUCGCGUCCAAACCUGUUGCAAAUCCAGUUCAAAGUCCAGUUAAAAUCUCUCCCCCCUCCGGGCGCAGGGAGAACCUCUUUUUAUCCGAGCUCAACAAAAUGCCUCUGAAACGUCAGGCUGAUGGCGCGGAUGACGAUGAAGAUGAUGGCGAUGUGGAAGACGAGGUGACGACUUACCUGGCGGCCAAAAUCCUCACAGAGUACCCCAACACCAUCACCAAGCGGGACACCCAGUCGCAGCUGAAGGGACAGUUCCCCUACGAGCUGUACGAGCGGGUCAUGAAGGACUACUUGGGGCAAGCGGACACUGAAAAGAGGCCAGUGGCCAAGAGGGAAACCGAGGUGGCCACAGAGGAGAACGUUGAGCCCACGGAGAUGCAGGGAAAAGGGGAGAUAACGGCCAAGACCUCGGCUCCACAGACCGUAGAUGAAGAGGAGCAGCACCCUGAAACAGCAGUGGCUGGGAUGUAGCCUGCUGCCCUGCAAGACGCACGGAAUUAUGAAUAUAGUAUUUAUACUGUCUCAAAAAUAAAAGUUUGGUGGACGUGAUCUAGUUUACAAAAUGUAUAUUAUAUGAACUGGUAUUAAUAUCACCCUGACGAAAAUGAACUAUAGCAAUCUUACAGGUCCAAAACAUUUUGAAAAUAUAGCCUACUAGUCCCUACUUGCUGCAAGAACAUUAUAGAAUAUAUUGAUAUCAUAGAUUAACAGGUGCAACCCGUGUAUAAAUGAGAAGAAAAAAAAAAAAAGUAUCCUCAAAACACUUUUGAUUUGAACGUGUUGUCACUCAAAUUGCCAAUUAAUACAUGGACUACUAUCAAAACACAAUGAAAUCCAAGUUAUUACAGUUGUGUGAUGUUGUUAAAGGUUUGUUUACAUUAAUGGUGUUUGUGAACAGGCCUAUAUUUUCACUUAUAAUCAACCGAGUAACAGUAAAAAACACUUAUUUUUCAUCAAUGUCAAACUACUCAAUUGUAUGGGAAUAAAUCUGUGUACUUUACACAUGCUGACAGAGCCUUUAAAAUCCCAAGCAUACAGUGAAGUGAAAGGAGUAGCCUACUAAAGGAAUAUUAUAGGGAUUCUUGGUCAGGGCAGCGUGCCAGGCUGAGAACGAGUGUUGUUGUGACACGUGAUAUAUUCAGGGUUAGUGGAUUUAAUGUUAUUAUUAUGGAUAAUUAUUUCCAAGUCUAAAUAUCAAACCGUUGCCUGCCUUCCAACCCUUUCAUACUGCAAAGCUCUGUAUUGUUGGCCUACCAGUGGUUGUGCUAUGUAUGCUCAUUUUUAAACCAUUUUGUACAUGUUCAAUAAUGUGUGAUGAAUCACAGAUGAAUAAAGCAUUAGCGGUAUUAUUUUUCUU